UCACUCAGGGAGUCCCACCCACUGGCUGAGAGAACUGGGAGGUGUCCUUAUGUAACACAUCCACACUGCUCCACUUAACGCACUCACCACUGUCAGAAAGCUGAGCAGGAAAACUCACCAGUUAAUCAGUCAAAAUGGCCCAGCUGAUGGAGGACGAUGUUUUCAAGGCUUUCACCACCUAUGCUGCUAUUGUCACACUGAAGAUGAUAUUAAUGGGGCCGGUGACAGUAUACUUCCGCCUGACCAGAGGGUCCUUCACUAACGAAGAAGACGUUGCCAGGAAGUCUGCAGAGGAGAAGAAAAAGUUGUUGAAAAGUCAUCCCGAUGUGGAGCGAGCUCAGAGGUGUCACCAUAACGAUCUAGAGAACGUCAUUCCAUUCUUCUUCAUUGGUCUGCUUUAUGCCCUGUCUGGACCCGAGCUUUCCACCGCUUUGCUUCACUUCCGCAUCUUCACAGGAGCUCGGAUCUUCCACAGCUUUGCCUAUAUCCUGGUCCUGCCCCAGCCCAGCAGGGGACUGUCUUACAUCCUGGGAAUGCUGGUCACCUUCUCCAUGGCUUACAACCUGCUAAGCAAAGUUUUCUUUCUGUAGGGGGCCGGGGGUGUAACAACCCCGCCAUCCCCGCUGUAAAGUUCCAUGUUUUCUUUGCAUCACUGACACUGCAGCUAACUGAGCCUUAAAGUAUUGAGUGUUUUGCAUAAUCUUCAACUCAGUAGAAAUGCAUAAAGACCAAAUAAACUUUUCUAUUGACUUUG